AUGGCCCCGCUGGCCCCGGAAGCACCGGUGUCCAGCUCGGCUGCUGAGGUCUCCAAGGCUCAGGAGGCCAAAGUCUCCCAGGCUAUGGUGACGGUACCUUCUCAUCCUCCUCCCGUUGCACCGCUGAUUCCAGGCCCUUCUGCCUCCCCUGACGUCUUGGAGCGCGCUCUUCUUGAGAUGACCCGGCUGCAAGAAGAUCUUCAGGGCGCCGACCCCCUCCUGGUGGCUAGGCGCCUCGAGCUAGUCUCUGGCUGGCUCCAUUCCGACGUGUCUGUUCGGGCGGCGCUGAGCCAGACCACGGCGACCUCCGAGAAGGAGAAGCAGGCUGCCGCCCAAGCAGCGGCUGCUCGCGAGGCGGCGCUGAAGGACGUCAAGGUCACCCAGGAUCACUGUUGGGCGCUGGAGGCCGAGCUGAAGACCCUGCGCAACGAGCGUGCAGAAGAAGCCCGUAACCGCAAGGCGGAGGAGGAGAAGAUGAAGGCUCGGGAAGAUGCCGUCAAGGGUCGUGACGCCGAGCUGGAGCAGUCGGCGAAGGCGCAGGCCGCUGAGCGCGUCCGGUUGGAGGAGCUGGAGCGAAAGGUGGAGGCGGAGAAGGCCAAACUUGACACCAAGGCGAAGGUUUUGGCUGAGGACCGCUCGGCUUUCGCGCUCCUCGAGGAGAGGUCUCGUGAAGUCGUGAGCAACAUCGGCCCCAUGGCAGAGGAAGACGCUCGCAUCCUUUCUUUAGCUAUGCUGACGCGCGUCUUCAGCCACCUCCAUCUUUGCGACCCUACCGCUUGCCUUGACGAGCUGCUGGAGCCUGUGGACGAUGAGCACUGUGUAGCCGCUGCCGCAGCCCUGAAGGGUCGGGUGGAGGCCCUGCUGAAGAAGUUCCGCGCCUUCGCUUCCGCGCCGUCGACCGGCGGUGCUACCGAUCCUGCAGCUCUGGCCGGUGCUUAUGGAAAGGAGAUGCAAGGGUAG